GACACUAAAAAAUAAAUAUUUUAGAAGGGAAAACAAAUAAAAUCUUUUAGAAGGGGAAAACGUUGAGAGGAAACAUUCCAGAAAUUUCUACCCUAGAUCAAGCUUUACCUGCCGUCUAGGUUUUCAAAAUUUGUUCUACAAAAUUUAUUCAUCGUUUGAAUCAAAUUCGAAUUCGAAUCUCUGUUUGGUUUUUUAUUGUUUACUCAAUCUUUAAGGAGGAUUCCUAUACGUAAGGUAUUAUUCCAUCAGAUCCUUUUCCCAAUUCAAACAAUUUGGUACAUAGUUGAAGAAAUUUCAAAAACUUGGUGAGCUUCUUGUAGUUGAUCUUUUUGUGGAGUUAUUAGGUUAAGCUGAAGGGAAAUCUUGAAAACACUAUGACGAUUCCUGAAUCAGGAUGUUAUAUGGACAAUGAGACAAGUUGUUUGCCUUGUACACCGGAGGAAGAGAAACGGGUUGUUGACGAAUUAACAAAAGAGGCGGAAUCUAAUUUGAAAGAGGGGAAUUUAUAUUAUGUUUUAUCUAACAGGUGGUAUAUGGAUUGGCUGAGAUACACUGGGCAAGACACGGGUGAUAAUAUGUUUGGUCAUUUCAUCGGUCCUCUUUCUUGCAAUGGGGUUGACUCAAAGACACCUAUUAGACGACCUGGACAAAUUGAUAAUUCUCAUUUACUUUUGGAUGGGAGUGAUGUUGAUGGGAUUGAUUUGGACAUGCAUAGAACCUUGGAAGAAAGGCGUGAUUAUGUUUUGGUACCUCAAGAAAUUUGGAAGAAAUUUCACGAUUGGUACAAAGGUGGACCAGCACUCCCUAGAAAACUUAUUUCUCACGGUGUUGCUCACAAGAGUUAUUCUGUGGAGGUCUAUCCUCUUUCUUUGAAGUUAACUGAUUCUAGAGAUGACAAAAAGUAUAUUAUCCGGAUAAGUAAGAAGGAAUCUGUGCGUGCACUUUACAACAAGGUUUGCAGUCUUCUUGAUCUUGACCCAGAGAAGGUUGGUAUCUGGGACAACUUCAAUGGCAGGAAACAUAAAUUGUUGACUGUUUCCGAUGAAGACCUGGAAGAAGCUUGCCUGCAAAUUGACCAGGAUAUUCUCUUGGAAGUGCAAAGUGAAGGAUUUCACAGUUCUCGUUCAGGGAUGGACUCAACAGGAAAUGAAUUAGCUUUGGUAGCAGUUGAUCCUCCAUCGACAUCUACAUCAAUUGCUGGAGGCCCUGCAGUUUCUAACUCCAAUGGCUACUCAUCGGGAUUUGGAUAUAAUAUUAUUAAAGGAAAUGGUUUGAACUUGCCAUUUACCACUGCAGACGAUGGAAAUGAUAUAUUGAGCAGCGUGAAAAAAUGUGGUGGAGGAGGGUUGGCUGGUUUGCAGAACCUUGGAAAUACUUGUUUUAUGAACAGUGCUCUCCAAUGUCUAAUUCACACGCCUCCCUUGGUUGAGUAUUUCCUGCAGGACUACACUGAGGAGAUCAACAAGCAAAAUCCUUUAGGAUUGCAUGGCGAGCUUGCAAUUGCAUUUGGUGAGUUGCUGAGGAAAAUAUGGUCCUCUGGACGGGCACCAAUUGCUCCCCGUGCAUUUAAGGGAAAGCUUGCUCGUUUUGCUCCUCAGUUUAGCGGAUAUAACCAGCACGACUCACAAGAACUUCUUGCUUUCUUAUUGGAUGGACUGCAUGAAGAUUUGAAUCGUGUCAAGAAGAAGCCCUACAUUCAAGCGAAGGAUGCAAAUGGCCGACCUGAUUGGAAAGUAGCUAAUGAAUGUUGGCAAAACCACAAAGCUCGAAAUGAUUCCGUAAUUGUAGAUGUUUGCCAAGGUCAAUACAAGUCAACACUGGUUUGCCCAAGCUGCAGCAAGAUAUCAGUAACUUUUGACCCCUUCAUGUACUUAUCACUCCCAUUGCCAUCUACUGUCACGAGGUCUAUGACGAUAACUAUUCUGUAUGGUGAUGGAGGUGCUCUUCCCAUGCCUUUCACUGUUUCUGUUUUAAAACACGGUUGCGUGAAGGAUCUCAUUCAGGCCUUGAGUGAUGGUCCUGAUGGAUGCUGCUUAAAGAGUGAUGAAAAAUUAUUGCUUGCAGAGGUUGAUGACCAUCACAUACAUCGGUACCUGGACAACCCCUAUGAACAAUUAUCUAGUAUAAAAGAUGAUGAUCACAUUGUAGCCUAUAGAGUUCCUAAAGUGCCAGAGAAAUUAACUAGGCUUGAAAUAAUCUUCCGAAGUAAACAAAAAUGUAUGUCAGACAUAUCCAAUGGGGCGGAUUCAGAGCUUUUGGGAACACCAUUAGUUUCUUGUUUUGCUGACGGCCUGCUUACUGGAGCUGACAUUCAACCUUUGGCGCAUAAGAUGCUAGUGCCUUUGAUGAGAACAACAUCUGCUUCUCCUUCGAAUCAGGUCCAAACAAAUGCUGCUUCCGGAGAUGCCAUGGAACUUGAGGAGGCAUUUAAUGGGGAUUCUUCGCCUUUCCAUCUCUGGUUAACAGAUGAGAAGGGUACGUCCUGCCAUCCUAUUGACAAUGCACGCGUCUUCGAACAGGGUCAAACUGUAAGGGUUCUGUUGGAAUGGUCUGACCGAGUACGUGAGUUGUAUGAUGUUAGCUACAUAGAGAAUCUUCCAGAGGUUUACAAGACGACAGGGUAUAUUGCCAAAAAAAAUAAGCAUGAAGCUGUUUCCUUGUUUUCAUGCUUGGAAGCCUUCUUGAAAGAGGAACCCCUAGGACCUGAUGACAUGUGGUAUUGCCCUGCCUGUAAGGAACACCGACAGGCUACAAAGAAGCUAGACUUAUGGAGACUACCGGAAAUUCUUGUUUUUCACUUGAAACGAUUCUCUUAUAGCCGUUAUUUGAAGAACAAACUUGAUACUUUUGUGAACUUUCCAGUUCGGAAUCUUGAUAUAAGCAAGUAUGUGAUGAGCAAGGAUGAUCCUCCUCAAUCUCAUGUGUAUGAGCUCUAUGCCAUCAGUAAUCACUAUGGUGGCCUAGGUGGAGGCCAUUACUCGGCAUAUGCGAAGCUUGAGGGAGACAAAUGGUACCAUUUUGAUGACAGCCACGUUUCUUCCGUAAGUGAAGAUGAAAUCAAGACAUCAGCAGCUUAUGUGCUGUUCUAUCGAAGAGUUGAGAAGCCAGUAUCUGUAGUAGGAGAUGCAUCCAACAUCUGAAUGCUGCCCUUGUUUUGGGGAAUGUGAUUUUUAUUUAUUUUUCUGGCCUGUCAAAUAGGUUCUAAUAUGUUAUUCAUUUACAAUCAACCGCUACGAGUCACGAACAUCAAGUAACAUUAAGGGGGUUUCUUGUAGUUACUGUUUUUAGUCAGACAGCAAUCAACUUGGUUUUGGUGGAUAUGGUGCAACAGAAGAAAAAGGUUGGAGUCGGGGUGGAGAAAUACGUCUUAUUUUACUAGGAUAAUACUGGGUUUAGCUAAAUUUUGAGAUAAUUGUUCCCGCAUCAGAUGUUCCAGGGGCUUACUGGAUUGGAUUUGGGGAUAGAAAAAUAGAAUUGAUCACUAUCAUUCACCCAUUGUUUAUAUAUAUUCUAUGCAAACGCAGUUUUUUUUUUCCUUUCCC